AUGGCAGAUCCGAUGACACAGUCCCACCAGAUAUCGUCGUCCCAAGGGCUGAACGAUGGACGCGCCAAAGACUCGAAGUUUUCCGAUUCCUUUUUUUCCUCUUCGCCUGUAUCUCUCAUUCAGUCUCCUCAAGACAAACGGGUGGCACUGGACUCUGAGAAGCCAUCAGAUGGUGUGCCUACCUCACUUCGCUUUUCCUCCCAGCCAAGUUCGUUUUCUCCUGCGAAUUAUGGAAAUGAUAACUCUCUUCCCUCAAUUGGAAUCAAGGAUCGUAGUUUCCAAGAGAAAAGGGAACUUUUUGAAUCAUCGCUUGGAUCGCAGAAACAGGACUCUUCCCCUAUAAAGAUAUCUCCUGUGUCUGAGCGAAUCAGAGCAUUGGAAGCUCUGGCUGCAAAGCAGAAUGAUUCUGAUUGGAGUGAUGCAGGGUUUCCUCAUUUCAGAGAACGCCACUAUGAAAAGUCUCAUUCUGAGAUGCAUGGUAUCACUCUUCGUUCAUCCAUUAAGAAAAAGCCCACAUCAAGUGAACAAGAUUCUCCAGAAUCUCCCUUUGAGAUUCUUGGUGAUGCCAGGCGUGGAAGUGACUUUGAGGAUACUGCUGUCUGGAUGAGAACUCAUUUGCCGCCAGCACCUAACUUCAACAUUGGCGAAUCUGACUUUGAUCAAAUGAAAGAGAGGUCUGUAAUGCCCGAAUGUCCAUCUGAUGAGACAAAGAGCAAAGAUACAGAUGUACAAGGUAUUCCUUCAUCUUUUGUAGGUGUACCUGAUGAAUUCAUGGACAACCCUGAUGAAGUGUCUAAACAAAUGAAUGAUGAUUCUAAUCAGUCAAAGCAAGACACUAUUGAAGAUGAGUCAGAAUUCGAUCUCAGAUUUUUACCUACAGCCUACAUGUGGGACAAACAAGAGAAACCUGACAUGGAUACACAAGAACCACCAUUCCAUUUUGAAACUCCGAUAACUGCAUCUGCUGCACCUCCUGAUGGUUUUGAGGCUUCUUCCCUGGAGUCUCCAACUCCUGUUCCCCAGGCUGACCCUAGUGCAAAACAGCAGUCUACCACUCUAGGCGUUGGCUUGGAGGGUGUAGAGAUCCUUGAAGCUGACAGCUCUGGUGAAUCUGAUGAUACAGUUAUUGAAGAUGCAAGUGGUGUCAGUAAUGAUGAUGCUGUUGAGUGUGAAUGUUCUACAGACAAGCAGACUAUUCCAAGUGUACAAGAGAAACAGAGUAUUCAGGUGCCCAUUAUUAAUGUAAUUGAAACAGAAGAACAAGUUCUCAGUGAUUAUGAAGUGGAGCUUGAAGAAGAGGAAGAUGAUGAGCAGAGAUAUCAGAUAAUGCAGGAACCUGCAACAGAGGCUCCACAAUCAUCUGAAGAGCUUUCUGACAUUUCAAGGUCAGAAUUGGAAGAGGCUGUUCCAAAAAUGGAGGACAUUUCCUCACCUGAAAAUAUGGCAGAUUCUGAUGGAGAGUAUUCUCCAAAACAUAAGAUAAUCAAAGAUAAUCUUAGCAAUGACAUGAUUAACCAGACUUCCUUUCCCUCCAAAAGUCAUAGCUCGGAGGACUCUCAGACACAAUCAAUGGUGCCACAGAAAACAGACGAAAUGUCCAGAGAAGCUUCCUUCGACUAUAUAAAAUCAGACAAAACAUCAGAAAUUGUACCUGACCUCCCACCUAACUAUGAGGAUCUCUCAAAUGACUUUGAGUCCAGUGACAUAGAUACAUACUUGGAUCAUUAUACUAGUGAGGAACUGGCUUUAAAAGACCAGUUAAGUUCUGGUGUGAUUCCUGUAAACAAUGGGGAUACGAACGAGUUACUAAAAUCCAACUCUCUUCAACACAGUCAUAACAAUACUAUGCUUGCUGAAUUUGAUGAGGCUGUUGAUGCAAGUAAGCAGAAUUAUGAUACCGGACCUAAGCCUUUUCCUUCUAACAUUUCCGCAGAUGUCACUGUGGAGCCUCUGCUUUCUCAAAAUAGCAUGCCAAAUCUUGAUUUAGAUGAACAGAGUUUAGCUAUCGAGGACAAGAUGACGAUAACCGAUUCAGGGACUUUUUCCUUGACUGAGGAGGAGGAUUAUGUGACUAGGCAUGAAGUAGAGUUGCCCUCUUUCCAAGAGAGUACACCUGCUCAAUUUCCCUCUUUUCAUAAUGAUCCAUCAUGCAAAAUCAGCGAUGUGAUCUCUGAUUUUGUAGCCAGUGAUUUAACCGAGGGACUAUUGAUGACCAAUACUGAACAAGAUGAAAUAACCCAGUAUGAUGAUCCACGUUCAUGGAUAUCUCCAGAAGCCACAAACAUACCUGAGCCCGUUGAAGCAGAAUCUGAACAAAAUAAAAUGGUCCAAAGUGAUAUUCCUGAUAUACAGAUAUCUGAAGAGCCCACAAAAAUACCUGAGCCCGUUGAAGCAGAAUCUGAACAAAAUAAAAUGGUCCAAAGUGAUAUUCCUGAUAUACAGAUAUCUGAAGAGCCUGCAAACAUACCUGAGCUCAUUGAAGCAGAAUCUGAACAAAAUAAAAUGGUCCAACAUGAUACGCCUGAUACACAGAUAUCUGAAGAGCCUGCAAACAUUCCUGAGCCCAUUGAAGCAGAAUCUGAACAAAAUAAAAUGGUCCAACAUGAUACUCCUGAUACACAGAUAUCUGAAGAGCCUGCAAACAUUCCUGAGCCCAUUGAAGCAGAAUCUGAACAAAAUAAAAUGGUCCAAAGUGAUACUCCUGAUACAAAGAUACCUGAAGAGCCCACAAACAUACCUGAGCCCAUUGAAGCAGAAGCUGAACAAGUUGAAAUAAUCCAGUGCAGUGCUCCAGCUAUACAGAUAUCCCUAGAGAUCCCAAGCAAACUUGAGUCCACUGAAGCAGAAUCUUCUCCUACAACUGCAACAGAUAGUUUUGUGGAGUUUAUGAGAGAGUGUUUGAAAUCACAGCAGGAUGAGGAGUCCCAGAGCCUUGGUUCAGUACAGACCACCAAGGAACCUAUAUCUGUUGCUCCUUCUCCCCCUGCUAUGAUCAUGGACUUGGAGCAAGAGUGCCUUACAAUCUCUGCUUUAAAAGAGCUUGGGAGUAGUCAUGAGGAACAGGAUGACAUCAGUAUUCCUAAAGACAUUCCAAUCUCUGCUAAGGAUCCAGUUUCACAACCUUUAUUUCAGUCUGAGUCUUUAAUUUGCCCAAAUCCCUCUACUCACGGUCUUCCAAAUGAGAACCAGCCAGAUGCCUCGUUAACCAAAGAGAUCGAGGCAAUCGACAUCUGGGUGGCAGAAGCCUACCACCUUGCAGAGCAUGUCUUGGCUCUAAUACUAACCCACCUGACAGUGUAUGACUUGGUGUACUGGCGGGACCCUAAAAAGUCAGGCAUGGUGUUUGGCAUUUCCCUGCUACUGCUGCUGUCUCUGGCAGCGUUCAGCGUGAUCAGUGUCAUCUCCUACCUGCUCCUGGCACUGCUCUGUGUCACCAUCUCCUUCCGUGUCUACAAGACCGUCAUCCAGGCCGUGCAGAAGUCCAACGACGGACACCCCUUCAAGGAACUGAUGGAGAAGGAUGUCAGCUUGUCUCCUGAGACCUUCCGCAAGCACGUGGAUGUGUGUUUGACCUACAUCAACUGUGCACUCAAGCAACUGAGCCGCCUAUUCCUGGUCGAAGACUUGGUAGAUUCCCUCAAGCUGGCUGUGGUCAUGUGGUUGAUGACGUAUGUGGGUGCCGUCUUCAAUGGCAUCACCAUCCUCAUUCUUGUGGACAUCUUUGCCUUCACUUUACCACCAUUGUAUGAGAAAUACAAGACCCAGAUUGAUCGCUACAUCAAUAUUGCACGCACUCAGGUUAAUACUGCAGUGGCCAAGAUUCAGGAGAAGCUCCCCAAAGCAGCGAAGCGCAGUAAAGCAGAAUGAUGCACCUCUCUCAUCCUUUCAUGACCAACUCCAGAAUCCCUUUAUCUCUAGCUGACACCCCCCCCCCCCACCCCCGUUUAACCUCUCAUUAUAAACCUCUUACCAGCCAGGUGCACUGUACCAGCUAGUCUCUUAAAAUCUUUGAAGCUUCUCAAUAUUCUUCAAUGUUAACUCCUGAAGCUUAAUUACGAGCAUAAGGGAAGAAGACGCUUGCUGAAGACGCGUAACUGAAGCUGGUGACUCAAAUGCAGGAAAUGAUGUAAUUCCACAACUGAAUGUCCAUGUAUGGCACCCAACUUUGGGCAGGGUGUGUGUACUAGAUUGAAUCUGUGACCUGGUUUUGGAGUGUCCUAAGAGUUUGUGAAAUAAAGACAAGGGUUUGACUUGGAAACAAAUGUCUGUACUUAAAAAUAACAUUUAAAAAAAUGUUUCAGGAUGAAAAUGGACAGAUGUUUGCAUAAGCUUUCUCCCUAAAGACACCUACUAAUUUAUUAUGAAUCUGUGGCACACUGUUACUAGACUCGCACGUACAGACCAAUUAGAGUAUGGACACUACAGCAGCUGGGACGAUUCGCUCUAGUUCGCUUUCCUGUACCGUUUUGGCGUUUCAUUUUUAAUUGUGUAUGUGUGUGUGUAUAUAUAUAGUACAAUUACAACACGCUCUUUGCUGUGAAGUAGUUUGCAUUGCUUUUUAUAUUUAAUAUCAAAUAUCCUCUGCUGCCUGUUUAAGACUCGGGCUCUUGUUCACAUGUUAAUGUGUUAUGAUUAUGAUUAUUAGGUCACGUAGGGUAGCUGCUCUUCACUCCCCAGGCUGUCAUCUUAAUGAGUAGUAUUAAUAUUCUUAUGCUCGAGUUAUUUGUACGGAAGCUUCAGAAUUGUGGAGAUGACUGUGUGGCCUGGUACUGCUGCGAAGAGAAUGAGGAAGAAGUUUAAUUAGUUUUGGCACCCCAUAUAAAGGUGGUCUUUUUGCUGAUCUGGGAUCAGCAUUCAGACCAGCAGUAAUGACACCAUGUAGGUGGGUUUGAAUUGGUAUAUUAAAGGUUUUGUUCAUUUAACACAUGCCAGAAGUUGGAAACACAUUCUUGUUAAUUGCAUUUGUUUACACAGAAAGUGUGCUGAUUACAAUAGAGCUAUUAUAACAUGACUAAUGUGGCUUCAUACAUUCACAUCUAUAAGGGACUUAAAUAUAAGAGGAGAAAACUCAACGCACUUUUCUGAUUGCCUGCUUAAUAUUUGGCACUGAAUAUUCUACCUGAAUCUUGCUUUAAAUGUACCUGGAAGCACUAUUAGCUUAGGCUUCAGUGUCAAAAGUACACCUGUAUUUAUUAAUGCACCAACAUAUAAAAUGAACACCGGAUAACUACUGCUAAUACUACUACUACAUGUCUACCAACUGCUGAAUGUUUCAUACUAAUAUUUAUACAGAAUUCUGACUCGCAUGCAACUCGGCGUGUUCAUGUUGGAAGCUGUUUCACUGCAGUGCAAAUUUACUUCAUAUGGAUUGUUUCAUGAAAGUUUAGUUCCCUGAACAUGGCAUUGAUGUACAAAACACAAUAUUACUCUUAAAGCUUGACUGUAGUCACCUGAAUCAGGAUCCUGAAUGUUUAUUCAGGUCUUUUAAAGGUUUUUUCUUUUUCUUUCCUCCUAUCUUUCAUGUAUGCAUGCAAAUAGCACACCCAGACACACUCUUGAACAGGUGAAAGUGUGCAUCGUUUGUACCCGUGUCCUCAUGUUGCUGAACUAACAUGUGUUAUGUAAUUCAUGGGUGUGGUGAUGCUUGAAGAAUAAGUUCAUUUUUUAAGUUAAAAAAAUUCAACUUCCUUCCUUUCCCCAACACUUAAAGAAAUAUUUUUUUUUAAAUAGGUGCAAACCUCUCUCUUUCAUUCUAUAUAGACAGUGUGUCUUAUAAAUUCUCCUUUGUGUGUCAGUUACAAACCUGCAUAUUUUUUAACUUAAUCCUAUAAUCUGUCAGCAUGUUUGCUGUCGUUUGUUUUGGAGUUUCUCUCUUGGGAAUGGAGAUGCAGAAGUCAUGUUUUCUUUGGUUGUUUGCUUUUGAGUCUAGAUGUGAUAACUAAUAUCCAUGUUCAGUUUGUUAGCAAUGAAUUAAGUUCAUCUGGGUGCUUUGGGGGGAUGGGGGGUGCCAUGUAAUUGUCAACAGGAAAUUAAUAAAAAUGUUUAAAAAAAAAAAAAAAAAAAAA